AUGAAGACGAUACAAAUUGAUGAAAUUACGGGCAUCUGGUCCUAUUUACAGACGGUGGACUGGAGUGAGAGAUGGCUGUGGGGUCUUGGCGCAUUCCAUUUCUUAUGUGCUCUUUUGACAGCAGUCACCAAAUCUCGAGGCACAUUACAAUCCAUACAUUUUGUAUUGUUGGUUUAUUCAGCUGAAAUUAUCAAUGAAUGGGCUUCAAAAAAUUACAGAUUAUUUUCUAAGGAACAAUAUUUUGACAGCCGUGGCCUCUUCAUUUCGAUUGUAUUCUCAGUUCCAAUUUUAUUGAACUGUUUGAUUAUUGUGAUGCUCUGGCUGUGGAAUGUUGGUAAUUUCAUUUCCAAAGUAAAAAGGUUGAAGUACAAACAGCAGGCAAGGGCCCAGAGCCUAAAAAAUAGCGGCAACACCAGUAGCAGCAACUCUGAUGCUAAAGAGACUAAAAAGGUGAAAUGA